UUUCAGAUAGGCUACAGAUCUCGUAAUGUAACUUUCUGUGACGUCGAAAAUACUAAUUAUGUAAAAAUUCAGAAUAACAAAUUCUAUGAGAAUAGAGAGGGAAGUGGCAUAAAUGCAACUAUAUUGGUAGAAAAGACUCUGCAAAAACUUACUGCCAAUGUCACGGUACGCCAAUGCGGAGAACAAAGAGGUCACACGUGUAAUACGAAGCUUGAACUGAGUAGAGAUGUAUGUUCCGACUUGGAGGCUACAGACGCCCCAAAUUAUUCUCAAACAUUUCGAGAAAGUGUGUCUCCAAAGAUAACAUGUCCAAUUAAACCGGGGGAGUACCAAAUUGAAGAUCUAAGCUUGAGUAUGUCAAACAACUCCAGCCUUGUUGAGUUCUACAGAGCAGAUGGUGUUUAUGAAACACAUAUAAUUUUUCAAGAAGAUAAUAUACCAAUCUUAUGCGUGACUAUUAUCGGCUAUACUUAUAACGAAUAAAUAUGAAUUCAUUCGCUACUAAACGAAAUGAAAUGAUAAAGUAAUGGUGUAUUUUGUACAAGUAAACAAUUCAAAUCAUGUGUUUAUGUAGCUUUGGAUACCGAAAAAAAUGAUGAUAAAC